CACCUCAUACAUGGAUCCUACCGUAGAAUUGGUAAAUAUUAUACUGAAGGCAAAAUGGGGAGGAAAGUUUGCUAGAGCUCUAAAGCCUUUCGAGGACACAGCAGACACAGUUAGGUUUGUAGAUACAGGAACACCGCUAUGUCAUACCAAGGAAGAGUGCAUGCCUAUCAUGCAGAAACUGCAGCAGGAGGAAUUCGACGCCAACGGAUUUGACAUCAAGUACAACUUCUACAUUGGUGGGGAUGGAUGUAUAUUUGAAGGUCGUGGAUGGAAUGUAGAGAGUUGGAAACCAGAAGAACUUAAAGAUCUAAAAAGCCAUUGUUUGGAUAUCGCAUUUUUGAUUGAUUUGAAAGAGUCCAAAAUUACCCCGGAAAUGAAGAAAUCAAGCGAUGAUAUGUUGACAUAUGGUUUGCAGGAAGAGUUUAUAAAAGAAGGCUACAAACUAAUCGGACUACCAGAAUAAAGUUUAGUAGAAACUAUAACAACCUUAAAGAAAAUGUUGGAGGAAUUCAUGUUGAAUCAACUUACUUGAAUGAAUAUACACAACAGUUUCGGCACCAUCGACUAAUGACAUGAUUAUGAAAUAUUUUAGAGUGACUCGACAAAAAAAUA